UUUUUUUUUUUUUUUUUUGCUCUCCUUCCCAUUCUUCCUAUGCAGACAGACACACAACAUGGCGGACUAGAUUAGUCGACCGACGCGCCCGGAUACAGCGGAUAAACUGUGGGGGUUUUACCAUCCAAGGAGGCAAACAAAGGAACCUCCGACCGGACAGCAGAUACUGGAGAAUUGGUGUGCUUUUCAGGGGGAGCCAUCUUUAUCUGGAUUUAGCAGGAAAAACUGACUGCGAAGUGUUGGCAGUGUGUCCCAGGUUGCGUUUUCCCCCCCAACCCCGCUCACACUCCUCUCUGUUCCCGGGGUGUGGAGACAGGGGCCGGGUUGGAAAAACGUGGAAAGAGAAGGAGCGGAUAAAAUUCCCCCCACUCUUUUGGCCAUCUUUUCUCCAGGUACUCCCGUCUGUGCGCCGCAGGACUUGUGGACCAAGUUGUGCGAAUGAGUGACUGAUGCCAACUUCGCUUCUUCAGGGCAGAAUGGGUGUGUGUCCCCUGCUCCUGCUUCUUGCUGUAGCCCUCGGGGCCACAGCCCAGGAUCCACAAAGCAUCACAGCUGCUCCUGCCUCACCAGCUCCCGCCACUAAACAAUCCGACUCGUAUGCAACAACCAUCCAAGGACCCACUACAGUCAAACAAUCGGUAACAAAUUCACCAGUAGAAGAAGGAAGCAGUGCAACAAGAACACCUGAAAACAAUGAUUCCUCCAAAGACACACCAACAGCAGCUCCUACUAGUUCUUCAACAGCUGAUGAGCUGAAUGAGGCCUUGACUGGGUCUGUUGCCAACUCAACAUUGACAGUAAAUUUAACCACCACAAGCACCACAAGCACCACUACUACCACAACCACCACAACCAAAAUCGAAGACAAUAACGAUAAUGGAGUAGCAGUGAUCGCUGUGAUGGUGGCCCUGUCAUCGCUGCUGGUCAUCAUCUUCAUCAUCAUUAUCCUCUACAUGCUCAGAUUUAAGAAGUACAAGCAAGCAGGAAGCCAUUCAAAUGCCUUCAGAUUGACCAAUGGCAGAUCAGAUGAUACAGAACUCCAGAGCGUGCCGCUAUUGGCCCGGUCUCCCAGCACAAACAGGAAGUACCCACCCAUUCCCGUAGACAAACUCGAGGAAGAAAUGAACCGUCGCAUGGCUGAUGACAACAAGCUCUUCAGGGAGGAGUUUAACGCGCUGCCAGUCUGUCCCAUUCAGGCAUCAUGUGACGCAGCUUCCAAAGAGGAGAAUAAAGAAAAGAACCGAUACAUCAACAUCCUGCCUUAUGAUCACUCCAGGGUUCAUCUCUCCUCUCUAGAAGGAGUCCCCGACUCUGACUUUAUCAACGCUUCUUUUAUAAAUGGGUACCAGGAGAAGAAUAAGUUUAUUGCAGCUCAAGGGCCGAAGGAGGAAACGGUAAAUGACUUUUGGAGGAUGAUUUGGGAGCAGAAUACAGCCACCAUUGUCAUGGUUACCAAUCUAAAGGAGAGAAAAGAGUGUAAGUGUGCGCAGUACUGGCCGGACCAGGGCUGCUGGACUUACGGGAACAUCCGCGUGUCUGUUGACGACGCAGUGGUUCUGGUGGACUACACCGUCCGCAAGUUCUGCAUCCAACAGGUGGGCGACGUGUCCGGGAAGAAACCUCAGAGACUCGUCACUCAGUUCCACUUCACCAGCUGGCCGGAUUUCGGGGUUCCCUUCACUCCGAUUGGCAUGCUGAAGUUCCUCAAGAAAGUCAAGAACUGCAAUCCUCCUUAUGCAGGCCCCAUUGUUGUUCACUGCAGUGCUGGUGUAGGAAGGACAGGUACCUUUAUAGUGAUUGAUGCCAUGUUGGACAUGAUGAAUGCAGAGAGGAAGGUGGACGUGUUUGGCUUUGUCACCCGGAUAAGAGCCCAGCGCAGUCAGAUGGUCCAGACUGAUAUGCAGUACGUUUUCAUCUUCCAAGCGUUGUUAGAGCACUACCUGUUUGGAGACACGGAACUAGAGGUGACCUCGCUAGAGUGCCACUUAGCUAAACUCGGUGCUAACUCGCCCGGAGCCGGCUGCAGCGGUCUGGAGGCUGAAUUUAAGAAACUAACAUCCAUCAAGAUUCAGAAUGACAAGAUGAGAACGGGGAACCUGCCUGAUAACAUGAAGAAGAACAGAGUGCUACAGAUCAUUCCAUACGAGUUUAACAGAGUAAUCAUUCCAGUCAAACGAGGAGAGGAGAACACAGACUACGUCAACGCCUCCUUCAUUGAUGGUUACCGACAGAAAGACGCCUACAUAGCGAGUCAGGGGCCCCUCAUGCACACCACAGAAGACUUCUGGAGGAUGAUCUGGGAGUGGAGGAGCUGCUCUAUCGUGAUGCUCACUGAGCUGGAAGAGAGAGGACAGGAUAAGUGUGCUCAGUAUUGGCCCAGUGACGGGGUGGUGUCCCAUGGGGACAUCAUCAUCGAGCUUAAAAAGGAGGAGGAGAACGAGAGCUACACGGUGCGCGACCUCCUGGUCACCAACAGCAGGGAGAACAAGACUCGACUGGUGCGGCAGUUUCAUUUCCACGGCUGGCCAGAGGUGGGCAUCCCUGCGGACGGUAAAGGCAUGAUCAACAUAAUUGCUGCGGUGCAGAAACAGCAGCAGCAGUCCGGCAACCAUCCCAUCACUGUGCACUGCAGUGCCGGUGCGGGCCGGACAGGGACUUUCUGUGCUCUCAGUACAGUUCUGGAGAGGGUGAAAGCAGAGGGUAUCCUGGAUGUCUUCCAGACCGUGAAGAGCCUCAGACUGCAGAGACCGCACAUGGUGCAGACACUGGAGCAGUACGAGUUCUGCUACAAAGUGGUCCAGGAAUACAUUGACGCAUUUUCUGACUACGCCAACUUCAAGUAGGGCCUCGCCAUGGACGGAUUAACGGAUGGACAUCCACAUACACCCAUUACAAGUAUAAAAGCGUGUACCAGAACAGGCAAGAAAUGCCUUGCAGCAACUGCGUUUUCCCAAUCUCGUGGAUGAUGAAGACGGACUGAUUACGCAAUCAGCGGAUCGGAGUUACCACCCGCCGGAAAAGGGAGCCGACGUGUACGCCUGGAGGGCAGGGCAGUGCAGAUGGACACAAAAUUACUGAGAUGCCUUCUUGAAUCUUUUGUAAGGAUGUUGAUAACAAACCGUCACCCGUUUCUUGCUUUACAUCGUCACCCGCCCCCUCCCACCCCCAACCAACAAACAUGUAUAUAUAUAUACUUACUGUGUUGCAUUUUAUCACUUUGUUUUCAGACACAGUUUUGAGUUUGGCUGCAUUUUUCAAGUGGCACCUGUAUUGUAUUUUAUUGGUAUAUACAGAUAUAUAAAAAUAUAAAUAUAUAUGAAUACAAACCAAAUGUUUUUUGGUGGCUAAUGUGCAACUUCAAGCGUCAAGAUGAAGAUGUUUGGAUUUAUUUUUAGUUUUAUGUUUUUAGGGACAAAGACUUAAGAUUAUUUUUGGCUUCGCCUGAGCCUCACUGUAGCAACAGGUAGCAGAAGUUUCAACAUCUCCCAGUAAAACCCUGAGCUGUUUCCUGCCCCCACAUGUUGCUACGCAAACACACAGGGUAAAAGCCAUUUCUCUGCACCUGCCUGCACCACCUAAUUUGGCAAAUCGAGACCUCCAUGACUUUUUUUCUUUCUUUCUUUGUUUCUUUCUUUGUUUCUUUCUUUUCCUUUUUUCAGGGGUGGGAAGCUGAUUCACUAUUGCAGAUCUGAGUUUCCUUGACGUAGCUCAUAAUCUCAGGUUUUUCACGCACCCAUUAACUAUCGGGAGAAUUUGCGUGCGUUUGUGUGUUUUACGCUGAAGCAUAAGCUGGCAGAACAGAUCCACUGUGUUUCCCCAUUACUGUCUGCUAUGUGCCAAAGUCCUUCACUCACUCAUGUAGCUCUGAAAAGUCUGAGAAACUCCCAACCUGCUUCUGACUUUCAGAACAAGCUAUCCAGCGGUGGAGACGCAUCCAUCCUCAAUCUAGCCUGGCUAUUGUAAAGCUUUGACCUGCCGAUACUGAUUUUAGCCGAGUCAGCUAUUCCUGUAAGAACUGUGACUCAAGAACGUCAAUGAAGACAUUUUUCUAGCCUUCCAGCAGUGAGCAGUCAAUAAUUAGUUGGAUGAGAAGAAGAGGCGAAGUCACACUCACGGGAGAGCAGUUGCUGUAAAACAGGGUUUUACUGUUUCAAAAGGCAAAACGAUUACAGUUUAGCAUCUGGUGUUGGCGAUUAUGAUUUUGUUACUAAAACAGCACUCAAAAUGUGUCUUGCUUAUAAUGUAGACGCCCUACCUUAAGUCUGAGAUUUGAAAGCUCAGAAGAAUAAAACUGAUUUUUCGUUUUCUCUUUAGGUUUUUCUCACUCUCUCGUAGCCUGAUUGAGCCGCAGACAUGUAUCAAAACUUCAUAGUUUUUUGUUCAUUUCCUACUUUUGUGUGUCUUCUGACUUCACUGGAGCUAAACAUAGCAAAGUUCAGUUCUCCUUCCUUCAUUUGCUAUGUCUACACCGAAGAGUGGUGUUGUUACAAACUAGGCAUGGUGCGUUUACCAAUCAAGAAAGGUCAGAUUUUUGAGUUUCCGACUGCCCGGUCAACAGGUUCUCUAAUUAAUAAAUUGAACAAGAAAUAUGGUUUAUGGUCUACAAAGCGUUUAGCAUCAGCACCUUGUUUGUGAAUGAGCCAAGCCACAAACGCAACCACAACUUUAUUGUGUUAUUGGAUUCAGUAAGUUUUAAAUAUUCAGCUUUGUUCUUUUUACUUUCUUCUUGCGAAACAUUCAUACUACACUUAUCACUUCUUUAGAGGAUAAUUCCCAUUCAUUUCUUACAAAAAGAGCCUUAUUUGCUCAGAUUUGCUCAGAUUUUGAGAUUCCCUUUUUUUUUUUUUUUUGCUUUUAAAUAUUAUUUCACUUGAGCUGCAGUGAUUUCACAACUGAGGUCACUGUUGAGGCUUUGUAAUGCAAGACAAAUUAUGCCAAUUCAACCAUGAGGAUGUUCCUAAUUUCACUUGAGUUUGCUUUGGAAAUGGCCGACAUGAGCAUUGUUUGAAUUAACUGCUUGUACAAAUCAGAGUUUCUCUUCCCCUCUGACCGAACUGGAGGUACUGAGAUAAUAUUCCUCAAUGGGAGUCUCUUUUAUUAUUAUUAUUAUUAUUAUUAUUAUUAUUAUUAUUUUUUUUUUUAUUUUAGAUCUGUUUCACACCAAACACAGCCAUUGUUGUGCACAAUCUAUAAAACAUGAACCCCUCUGAUGUUCAAUGACCUUUGUAAAAGGAAUUAGCACAAUCAUAUUAUCUUCCUGUAAUUGGAAAGUGCAUGCCUAAUUCUGAGACCAUGAAUGCGUCCUGUUGAUUGCCUGAGCACUCCCGCAAUAUUUGCACUAAAAUGUAAAGCCCUUAUUAAAUCGACGAAUCAAACAAGAGGUAGAGAGAGAGAAAAUGUGGUCUUGCCAUUCGAAGACGGAGGCCGUCUUUAAAUUUUUCCGAAGCUCCUUCAGGUCUCAGAGCUCCCCUCUUAAGAGCCAUAUGUGGAUCCAAAAGUAGCAGAUAGUUUGACCGUUCACUGAAACUGUGCAUCCUCGUAUUUUCUGUUUUAAAGGCGUAAAAAGUGCCCGCACUCGUCUCUUAAAUGCCGUGCUCCUCCUUCAUUUUGCUGCCGUUUACUGGGGCUGUCAUUUGAUAGGAAAGUGGAUGUUUUUUUGUUUGUUUGGUUGGGUUUUUUUUUUUAUCUGUGCUUAAGUUACACGGGUUUGUGGCAUAGUUUGGAAUUGCAAACUAUCAUGACACUGUGCCAACCCACAUAUGAUCUAACGUUAAAACCGAAUUAAAAAGUGCCUCAAUGGUAGGUUUAUAAAGAAGGUAGUUGAAUCUCCAGGCUUUACCUUCACAAGUGGAAGCAGGGAUUUUUAUUUUUCUCCACACGCGCCUCCCGAGCCAUCGCCUGUCCGACCGAUGGGGAGUCCUCUGUGUGGCACAUCGACGGGGAGCCACAAUCCAAGACUGUGUCGAUCAUUCUUUCCUUCACAUUCCCUUCGGGUUGCAUCCCUUUGUAUGAGUAGUUGAGACUAACCCUUAGAUGCUUUCGUGAUUGAUUUGAUUUUAAUUAUUCUGGCUUCAUUUCCAUAUCUGUUGAAUAUGGGUCCAUGACAGCUAAUCAGUUGUGGGUUUCUAUGAGUAAAUAUGUAUAGUUUUUUUUUUUUUUUUUUUUUUCCCCUUGUAAGAAAUAUAGUUGCUUCUUUUAUCACAAUGAAAUGGUUUCGAUAUGUCCAACGUGGGUAUUUUGGGCGCCUCGACUGAAUCAGAGCGAAGCAGCUGAGAGCAUAUAAUCCAUCUUCUCAUCUCCCUCGUGUGUCUUUUAUCUAACUGUUCCCCUCUGAUCCACUUAUUCCUCCAACUUUGUCUUUGGGACAGUUUAAAUGGUCCACUUUCACCCUUCUUUUGUACAUAAUGUAAGGUUAUUUAUAUGUCAUUGUUG